CCCCGCGACCACGGAGCAGACUGGAGCGAGUCCCGUGCGAGGAUUGUUUAUUGAUUCAUCGUCUGUAAACAUAAAACUAAUUCACCAGCGGGAAGUCAAAGAAGACGGCAGCUGUUUUUUAAGUCUUUGAAUUUGCCACCGAAUUAUCUGUGUUUUCAUUCUGAACUUUGCUGGACGGAUAAUAAUGACCCACGGCACCGGAGCAGAGAUGACCCCGGAGGUUUCGGCCGCCGCCAGUUUUGUUUGCCGGCUGCUGCGCAGCCGCGGCCGCCUCAGUGACGCGCAGCUCCAGGUGUUCAGAGACGGGCUCGCACAGGCGCUCUCAGAACACUACCAGCACCAUUGGUUCCCUGACAGGCCACAGAAAGGUUCAGGAUACCGCUGCAUACGGAUCAACCAUGAAAUGGACCCUCUGAUUGGCCGAGCGGCUGGCCGUAUUGGACUGACCAGUGGACAGCUUUUCUCGCUCUUACCUCGAGAGCUAACACUGUGGGUUGACCCGUAUGAAGUGUCCUACCGCAUCGGCGAGGACGGAUCCAUUUGCGUCCUCUACGAAGCAGAGGCCCCCACCACAAGCCCCGCCCCUUCAGCAUACGACCAAAUGGCGACCUGCAAAAAUACCUUCAUGAUGAGCGGUCGCAGGAGUCCACCCAAAAACUACCUGAUGAUGGUGUCCAGCUGAGCAUUCUGGGUAUCUGCCGGUGCUCGCGUCCGACCGACCAAACGCCGUCGCUCCUGUGACUACACAAUUCAGGCCUGAUCCGAAACCUUGAUUUAAGAAGAAUGUUAAAGCACUGGUUUAACGUCUGCUGGACCACUGACUGUCUUUCAGCACUGUUCUGUGUGACUCGUUUAUUUUGACCAUCCCGAAACCGGUUUUGGGGUGUUUUUCCACUGGUGCUCGCACACGGUUUCAGUGCAACUACGAUACCUCACGACUCCCUCUCAAGAAUGUAAAGCAUUUACGCUUGAAAUGAUCUUUACGCAAGCACACAAGGUUUACCUUUUAGCAGAUUUGUUACAAGUUUGUUGUUUACUUACAAAAAAAAAAAACGAAGUGGUUACAGCGCCACCUGUGGUCAGUCAGAGAAUGUCAAACAACAUUUGCAUGCUUGCGUAUAGACCAGUUUCAGGCCAACACUGCACAAAAGGCUUUUCUUUCUAUAAUAUUUCUGUCUUGUUUGCAGUCCAAAUAUCUAAAAAAAUCUUAAGCAUUUUCUAGACAAGCAAAAAAAAAACUUGUUUUUAUAUUUUUAUAUAUAUAUAUAUAAGUCAAUUAAGUGAGUUGUUGUUUUUCUCUCCUCUUGAAACAAGCUAAAUAAUGAAGCAAAGUCUUGUUUUUUCCUUUUGCCAUAUGAUUAUUAGCUUUUCUUUUGAGUAACUCACUUAAUUUUGACUUUAUUUUUUAAAACAAAACUGUUUUAGUAGUUAAGAACUGUUCUUGAUUAUAAUAAUUUUAAUAUCCUAAUUGGGUAAUCCUAAUGAGAAAAGCCUCUUUUGCAGUGUAUAACAGUGGUGGUGUUUAAUUAAUCUGCAGGAGCUGCUAGUGAGAGGGACGCCACACCAUCAAACUCCCAUAAUCCCCUCUGCCUUAACCACAGCGCCACCACUCCCUUAAUAAACGCCACUGCCUGGCUCUUUUAGUCUUACUGUGCAAUAUUCAGGCGACGCGCUCUGGUGUCCUGAAGUGAGUCGCGUGGACUGAAGGCAUCUCAGGGGGAGCCACUGUGUUUUCCCAGGAUGCUUUGCGUGUGGUUUAUUGGUUGGUAUCGUGCCGCAGAGCCUGCCGUCUGUAGCAUCUGUCUCGAUCUCAGGCUGCUGAGCAGCUUGUUUACCGUUUUAGACAGAGUAAUGUAGUCUGUAAGCUAUUUUUGCAGCAGAGUUGCUGUUAAUGUACACUUUUUAUAAUGAAUUUGUGCAGAUGUAGAGCUGUACAGUCUUUUUAUUACAAUAAACCUUUUAUGAAUGAG